GGAUGUCGGUAAAUGAGCCUUAAUUCUUCAAAUGAGACCUAAAUUAAUGGAAGAAGUUAAAUCACUAAAUUUCUUCUCUUAAGAGCGGAGAUAAUCAUAAGUGAAGGUCAUUAUUAGUUGGUAUUUCAUAAAUGUUUUGCGCAACACUAAGAUCAUGCAGAUCAUGUAACAACACUGAGAUCAUGCAGACAGUGGUAUUAAUUGUAUUCAUUUAUUAUAUCAUGGUCUGGAUGGAUAAAAAAUGUUCAUGGACAUUGGGAAUAAAAGAAAACACGAACUAACUUCCACGCAUAGAUAAUGUAUAUUUCACAUAUGUGAAAUACCAAUUUCCGUAUAAUGUCUUAAUGUUACCAGUGUGUGGCUAUUUAGAGAGCAUUAUCUUGCCGGUUGAGCGUCCAAAAUAUUUUGGUGAUAAAAAAGAACAAAUUUAGCCAUAUCAUUGCAUUGACGUGUACUUUUCACAAGAUAAGUAUAUAAUAGAUCGAGUGCUUUACAAUGGAAAAACACAGUUUUCCUCGCGGAGUAUUAGCUUUCGCAAUCUUACCGGUAAUUUUCUUCAUAGGACCAGCAAAAAUGGAGGAUUCGUGCACAAAAUAUUCAUGUCCAACGUUCCCAGAAGAAUUUAUGUUUGGCACAGCAACAGCAGCAUAUCAGGUGGAAGGUGGGUGGAAUGAGGAUGGUAGGGGACCUUGUGUCUGGGAUACUCUCAUUCAUAAUCAACCAGAUGUGAUAAAGGACAAAUCAUCCGGAGAUGUUGGUCCGGAUUCUUAUCAUCUCUACAGGGAGGAUGUGAGGAGAUUAAAGGAAUUGGGUGUGGAUUUCUAUCGCUUCUCCAUCUCCUGGUCGAGAAUUCUCCCAAAUGGUGAUAUUUCAUCUCUCAAUCCAGCAGGCGUGAAGUACUACAGUGAUCUCAUUGAUCUCCUCAUAGAAGAAGGAAUUGAGCCAAUGAUCACAAUGUUUCAUCUUGACCUUCCGCAAUAUCUCGAAGAUAUGGGAGGACCCACGAAUAGUCUCUUUGUUAAAUACUUCCGGGAGUAUGCGAGAGUGCUUUUUGAUAAUUACGCCGAUCGUGUUAAACUCUGGAGUACUUUCAAUGAACCACUAAUGUAUAGCACCAGUGCCUAUGGUACGGGAGACUUUGCUCCAAUGAAAAAAAUGCAUGGUGUUGCAGAAUACCUGGUAGCUUACAACAUCCUCCUAGCGCACGCAGAAGUUUAUCAUCUCUACAGAGAGCAGUACUAUGGGAAGUUUAAGGGGAAACUCGGUAUAACCCUCAGUGCACAGGGUAUUUUGCGGAAAACUCAUGGAAAUGAUUUGGAAGAAAGAGGAUGGCAAUUUCAGCUUGGAAUUUUUGAUAAUCCAAUUUUUAGUAAGGAAGGAGGAUGGCCGAAAAUUGUACAGGAAACCAUAGAUGAAAAUAGUAAGAAGGAAGGACGGGCAUGGUCACGUUUACCAACCUUCACUGAAGAGCAGAUUGAAAGAAUCAAGGGGACUGCUGAUUUCUUUGGUUUUAAUUAUUUUACGGGUCGCUUUGUUGAAUCAGGAAUCACCACAAAUAGCCAAACAAGUCCCCUUGAUCCAUCAUGGGAGAGGGAUAUGAAUUUAACUUUUGCUGUGGAUGAUACUUGGAAGCGAGGAAAAUCUGAUUGGCUCUACUUGGUUCCGGAGGGACUGAGAAAUUCUCUCUUCUGGAUUCGCGAUACAUAUGACAAUCCCGAAGUACUAAUCACUGAAAAUGGUUGGUCCGACUCGGGGGAGAUUGAAGAUGAUGAUCGUGUUGAGUGCCUCAGAGUGCAUCUUCGCAUCGUUCAAGAAGCUAUUGAGAAGGGAUGUCGUGUUAAGGCAUAUUCUCAUUGGUCCCUCAUAGACAACUUUGAGUGGAUGAUGGGUUACACGGAAAAAUUCGGUCUCUACCGUGUUGAUAUGGAGGAUGGAGAAAAGAAGCGCAUUGAGAAGAAAUCCGCUAAGGUUUACAGGGAGAUCAUAAAGAACAGGAAAGUCAUGUAAAAUGUAGUUUUCUUUUAAAUUCUGUAUUUUUUUUUUGAAAAUAUACAUAGUUUUUAUAUUAU